GCUUUACCACACUGAAUUCAACUUCGCUACACGUGCAUUGGCUGUGAUGGAAUUUUUGUUGGGAAAUAAUUCAGAAAAAGUAGUUAUAAUUGCAUAAAACAAGCAUAUUUAAACUGCAUUUCAAGUGCUCAAGCACUAAAGAGAGGGCCAGCAAACCUAACAUCGCCAGACAGCCAUGAAUUUUGACGAGGAAGAUCACCUAGAGCUGCAGUAUUUGGCUGGCGGCAACAUUGUGGAACAUCCGCCCGUCUUUUCACCAGAAGGAAGAUUCAUAUUUGUGCGAUGCGGCUCAAAGGUUCAGGUCUAUGUGACCAGCACGGGUGAGCUAACCCGGGUCCUUGACGAUGCCACGGCGCCCCUGAUUAGCCUGGAGCUGGACCAGAAGCAGCCAGAGCUGCUCCUGGGCUGCACCAGUGCUGGCCAACUGCUGCGCUGGAAUUGGCGGGCGGGCGUACUAAAGAAAUCGGUGCCCCUAAAACUGGGAGAUUUUCAAAUUUUAACCUGCAACCUGAUGAAUCUGUACAAGGGCGGCGACACCGCCUGCGCCUUUGUGACGGUUAAGCGGAAAAGUGGCAAGCAGAUUGAUUGGUUUGUGGUCAACACAAACAAUGGGGAGAAGCUUGAGGUCAAGUGUGGCCUGAAAUUGAAGCUGCGUACACCUGUGGUGGAUGUGGGUAAGGGUGAGUUCAAGUACAUAAUUUUGGGCCAGGGUUUCUAUGUGUAUUUCAUUAACUAUGAAACAUGGAACUUCUGUCGCUACAAGAAUGCCAACCAGAGUCUCAUUACGUGUGUGCGCAUGAGUCCCAGUGAGGAGGUGGUCGCCACCGCUGACUCAAUGGGACGCAUCUUUCUCUGGCGGCAGUUUGAGCAGCGAGAAGCUAUGACCAAUGCACUGUUCCAUUGGCAUCACACGGAGGUGACCAGCCUGGCCUUUUCCCCAUCUGGGGCGACCCUCUACAGCGGUGGCCAUGAGACUGUGAUGGUCAAGUGGCCCCUGGACAGGCCUGAGGAGCGCAAGUACUUGCCACGGAUGGCCAGUGCCAUACGACACAUUGUGGUGAGCGCUGACAAUGAGAAUGUGCUCGUGUGCACCGAGGAUAAUGCCAUACAGCUGCUGGGAGGCAGCAAUAGCGCGAUCAAGUCCACGGUGCAGCAUUUUACCUACGACGUAAAGGAUCAGACGGGCAGGAGCAAGUUCCCCUUGGGCUUGCGUCUCAAUCCACGUACCAAUACGCUGGUACUCAAUGGCAGGGGAGGACACUUGCAGUUCUAUUCGGCAUACACCAAGAAUUUGCUCUACAAUCUUCGCGUGGUGGACAAUAACAUACACAGCCAUGAGGAUGGCUUGAUUGUGUACAAUACCCGUGUGACUCGUGCCGCAUUCAACAUCAAUUGGAUGGCCACUGGCGAGGUGUACAAUGACUUGGAGAACUUUCCGGAAGUGCGUCUGAAGUUCUGGCAAUACAAUGAAAAGCUACAGAGCUAUAUUCUGAACACGGAAAUUAAUCUGCCGCAUGAGCAGGGCUUUAAAGACAUCAUCUUCUCCAAUCAAUUCCAAGUGGACAAUUUGCGUUGCGCCACUGCAGGCAAGGAUAAUGUGAUCAAAGUGUGGGGCAUCACCGAUUCGGAGAACAUUUACAGGCGCGGCAUUAUGUGGAGUUGCUUGGCCCAGACGAGCUACAGGAAUCUGCCGAUUGGUGCCAUAUGCUUCUCCCAGGAUGGUUCUCUGCUGGCUGUGGGCUAUGGCAACAUUUUGGCGCUAUACGAUGCGAGGAAUCCCAGCCUGCCACUCCACUCUCUCAGCUGUCCGCCCGGUAUAGAUGGAGUAGUGUCCAAGGCGCAGUUGCGACUGACCAAAACAACGCUAAAUGGAGCCCGCAAGGAGCUCAUCCAACAACGGCAACAGCUGUGGGCCAUCCUCAAGACCUUGUGCAGCAGUGACGACCAAACAUUGGUGGAGAAGGCCAAGGAUAUGAUUGUGGGUCCCCCAAUGAAGGGACAGCAGAUAAAGGAGCCAGAGGCCGCCAGCAAAGAGUCGGUGUACAAAUACAUUAUGAAAAUGUCCGAGCUGUCCCUCCACCAGAAGCUGCAGCUCCUGCGCCGCUUUGGCAUCGAGUGCAGUGUGCCCCUCGCCUUUCAGAAGCAGCUGAUGGAGCAUCUGCAGCGGUGUGUGGUGCGACCAGAGGCAACUAGAGUGCGUCUGAGAAAAUUGGAUGCACGUCUGCAUCGCCUGCACACGCGACAUCGCUACAAGGCCAAGCAUCGGUUGGAUCAGCUGGGAAAACGGCGACAGAGGUAUGAGGAUCUGGAGCGAACGGAUGUCAUGGCUCUGUUCAGCAUCCUUAAGCUGGAUGACAACACCACCUCGAAGCAGCCGCCGGCCAAGCGGAGGCAUCUACAAGCCACAGCACCCAAGAAAAUUCCUACCAAGGCGGCGCCCAUGCACGGACUGGCGCAGAUAUCGCAUGUGCAAUUUGGUGCCGGCUCUCAGGGCCAUUUGGUGGCAGUGUGCACCGAGUCGCGAGUGUUGAUCUGGAACCUGCUGACGCUGCGCCUUCAGGCGGGCCUUAAGCUCUCCGUGCGGCAAUUGGCCUUUGAUCCACUGACGAAUCUAAUGGCCGUCAUCACAAGGAAUGACGAAUUGCAUGUCUUCCAGCCGAAUGUACCGCUGCCGUUGUAUCAGCGCAGAAAUCUGCCCAAGACCCAUGGCCUGGCCUGGCUGCCACGCCGUCAACCCAAACAGAACUCCAUUAAUCUGGACUGGCAGGCGCAGUCUACGCUCCUGAUGCUCACACACACACAGGAGAUCGCCUACCUCGCGAAGCCCGGUCAGAGUCCAUCGGAUGAUGCUCCAGCACCGAUCAGCUUUGCCCCGACGCCCGCCGUCAGCGAGAACCUGCUAACGCAUGCCACCUUUGGCAUUCAUGUGCGGCAACAAAAGAAGGAACUGGAGGCGCUCGAGAACUCGAGUAGUGGACCUCUGAUAGUGGGUCGCGGCGAGCAUAGUGCUGUCAGUGCGUUUGUCAGUCUGUCCGCCCACACGAUGCCCUCCAUGAGCCUGAUCUGCGGAGAGUUUGUCAAGUCGCUACUGAUUCCGGCGGAUGCGACUUCGCGGGUUACCGCUGCUGCAGCGGAAGCGGAGACCAAUGGUGGCACCACGAAUGGCAAUGGACUGUCCCACGAGGACAGUGACGCAGAAGAUGAGAAAGAUGAGCAACACGAAGCCACACUGGGGAUACGUAAAGUCUUACUUGAGCGAAAUGCUGAGCUGGAGGAGGAGCAGCAGCCCCUCAGCACGGAUGUGGUGGAUCAACAAGCCCUGGACCAUCGAUUGAAGCUCAUCACGGGCUUGAAAAAACAAUUGAGGUUAUCAAUGUAGACAAAAUCCCUAUGUAGUUGUUUUAAAAAAUGAUCCUA